CGCUUCACCACCUCCCGGUGCCAGAGAUACGUUCGUGCAAAUUGAACCACCGUCUCAGGCUAUGACAAAAGCAUUCACUCCCCAUGGGUUGCUCUCUGCCGGUCUGCAAGAUAAACAGGACCGCUCCGCGAAGAGACAGGAAGAGCUGGCUAGGGAGACUGGCGCCUCGCUCAUCAAUGUACCGAACAAGCCGCCUCCCCCUCAGACUGGUCUGCUUGGCGCUGUCACAGCGCAUGAACGCGAGCGAAAGCGCGAGGGAGGCAUUGGUGCUGCUCUUACCGAACGCGAGCGAGAACGACGCUCAGCCGAAGAUAGGCAACGCAAGCUCGACGAUUAUCAGCGACAGCAGCUCGACCAGAUGCAGCAGGCCGGGUCGAUGUACGGCGGUAUGGGCAUGCCAGGCUUCAACCCGAUGAUGGGCAGUCCGAUGAUGAUGGGCAUGAACCCGAUGAUGACGGGAGGAUGGGGCUACCCUGGCAUGAUGCCCGGCUUCGCACCGCAGCCGCAACAUAUGCUCGCCGCGCAACAGGCAGCAAUGCAAGCAUACCAGCAGGCGAUGAUGGCAUUCUCCACUGCUGGGUCCCAAGUCGGCGAGCCUGGCCCUGCCCCGCUCAAUCCUAUGAUGACGGGCGGAAGCAUGGGCAUGGGAGGGUUUGACCCGCGCAUGUCGAUGAUGGGCAUGCCGAUGAUGAGCCCGUCGAUGGGCAUGAACCCCGCCAUGAGCAUGAGUCCGUCGAUGGGUAUGAACCCCGGCAUGGGUAUGAACUCCGGCAUGGGCAUGAACCCUGGCAUGGGCAUGGGCAUGAACCCGAUGGGCAUGGGAAUGGGCAUGCAGAUGACGGGGAACAGUGGCUUCGACUCGCGCCCCCCGCAGUCCAUGUUCGACCCUGGUAUGCAACCUCCGAACCAUCUCGGAGGGAUCGGUAGCGACCAGCGGCCAUAUUCGUCGCAGAACAGCUCGGCGGACGGGCAGCCGGCCGCACCACGCCUCGUCAACAAUGCGAACGCGAACGAGGAACCACAGCGCGGUCGGCCAGGGCCAUCUCCGGCGCAAGGUUGAGGGGUGUUUUCUCUUCGGGCAGGGUUGUAUUGUUUGGUGCCACGGACACAUUCACUCUCGGACUUGUUGCUGCAUUCCUUCGGUUCGCUUAGCAUAUUGUUGUUGAUAUAGCUCGUCCCCUAAUGCUUCCGGUAGUUCCGCGCAUUUACUUGGUCUCGUCUCAUUCGGAUCUCGUUCGUAUAUAUGAGGCUACUGCCUUCCAGCCAUCACGUUGC